CAAAUGGUCCAACUUUUAUCGGACGGUCAACCCAGCCGCCACAUUCAGCAUCCUGGACUCCAUCAUCAUGAUGAUUGUGGACAUCGGGCUUCACCUGCUGAUCACGUGGUACAUGGACAACAUCUAUCCGGGGGAGUUUGGUGUGCCCAAACCUUUGUACUUUCCUUUUCUGAAAAGUUUCUGGUGCCCCUCCCACAUCAAAGAGGAAGUGUCCACUCAAUCUGAACAAGUCGACACAAAGCACUUAGAGACAGACCCGCAGAACCUGAAUGCUGGCAUUGCCAUUAAGGAUUUGACAAAGAUUUUCGCCGGCGGGAAAGUGGCUGUGGCGGGCAUGUCUCUGAACAUGUACGAGGACCAGAUCACUGUGCUGUUGGGUCACAACGGAGCUGGUAAAACCACCACCAUGUCUAUGCUCACUGGCUUCAUGGCUCCCAGUUCCGGUACAGCAGUGGUCAACGGAUACGAUAUCCGGUCAAACAUUGACGAAGUCCGGGAGACCCUGGGUCUCUGUCCACAACACAAUAUCCUCUUUGACCAGCUGACCGUCCGAGAACACUUGUACUUCUUUGCUAAGCGGUCGUCAACGACAUGUUCUUGACCGGCAAAGAGAACACCCAGGCCCAGCAUCUUUCCGGUGGUCAGAAGAGGAAGCUGUCGGUGGGCAUCGCUCUCAUAGGGGGCUCCAAGGUAAACCGUGUUUUUUUGCUUGUGGUGAUCUUGGACGAGCCCAGCUCCGGCAUGGACCCGGGGGCACGCCGGCACCUCUGGGACGUCCUCCAGCGGAACAAACGAGGCCGGACCGUCCUGCUGACCACCCACUACAUGGACGAGGCGGACGCGCUCGGGGACAGGAUCGCCAUCAUGGCGGAGGGCGUGGUCAAGUGCUGCGGGACCUCCAUGUUCCUGAAAAAACUUUACGGUGCUGGUUACCACCUCAUCAUCGUGAAGGACGACGAAUGCAGAGUGGACGAAAUCACACAGAUUGUCCGCUCUACAUUGCUUAUGCCCCUUGCCUUGACGGCUGGCGGCGUGGCUAUCCUGAACUCAGGGUCCAGUGAAAAGCAAGAGGUUGGUGACCAGGGCACAGUACGCUAUGACCUCUCACCUUUUUACCGCCCAAUCGUGUCCUACACAGAUGGGAGCCCGGCGUCGAGCAUCUCAAGCGACUUGGCUGAAAAGUAUGCGGAGAUAUUUAGCACGCAUCCUGGAACUGCGGAGAAGAUAAACCAAGACAAAUCCUCCAAUGUCUCCGAGUACCUCCUAUGGAAAAUGCAUGACGUUGGUUUCGACAUUUUCUCACAACGCUUCCCUAUAGGAGCGGAAUUUUUACCCCAAAGUAACAACAGCAUUAAGGGCGUGGCUUUGUAUAACGAUAGGGCGUGGCACGCCAAGCCGGUAGCUCUGGUGCAGAUGCUGAACGCGUUCAUCCGAGAAUAUGUAGGAGAUGAUUAUUCUAUUCAGGCCAGUCUCCACCCUAUGCCGAAACCGAUGUUGGCCAGAGGCUCGUCCUUCCGCGACACUGGGGACAAUUUGAAGAACAUCUACCCACUCACCAUAUUCCUCUCCCUCGGGAUGGCCUACCUCCUAAGCAGCUUUGCCUACACCCUCAUUGUAGAGAGACAGCGCGGCUGCAAACACCUUCAAGAGGUCAGCGGGGUCAACCCGUUCAUUUACUGGCUGGCCACCUUCCUGUGGGAUUAUAUCAUCUACCUGGCCGUCGUCAUCGGCAUCAUCGUUAUCUUCUUCGGCUUCGGCGAGACGGCUCUCAUCGGCGAGGACGCCUUUGGCCCCCUCAUCUUCAUGUUUCUGCUGUUCGGGUUCGCCGCCUGUUUCUCCAGUUACGUCUUCCAGUUCGUGUUCAAAUCUCCACCAACGGGCUUUGUGGUGACUCUCAUCCUGUACUUUAUCCUCAGUCUGUUCACAAACCUUAUGCUGACAGCGAUCAAGUCCAAAUGGCGCAAUGACUUUCGGAAUUUGUUCAGCGUGCUGUUUCUGCCAUUCAACUUGAACAAAUUCAUCACGGACUAUUAUAACUGGCACUCCGAAGUCCCUUCAAAGCUUGCGUUUGCUGCAAGCAAAAAGCCGGGACAAAGCGUGUGGGACUUUGACAGUCCUGGCGUGGGACUGUACGUGUUCAUGAUGGCGCUACACGCCGGGGUCGCGCUGUUGCUACUAAUGCUUAUUGAGUUCCACGUGCUGCAGAAAAUUUGGUAUUUAAUAAGAAAGUCUGGAGAACGGAAGGACCAGGCACCUUUGCAGGAGAUCAACAUGACCUCACUGUUCACUGAAGACUCCGAUGUGGCGCAGGAAAGAGACCGAAUCUUCCGCACUACCCUGCCGCAGCUGUUUACCACUGACUCACUUAUUCUCAUGGAGUUGAGCAAGAACUUUGGUCAGAUGACGGCGGUGGACCAUCUGUGUGUGGGCGUGCCGGAACAAGAAUGCUUCGGGCUGCUGGGUCAGAACGGCGCGGGGAAGACAACGACCUUCAAGAUGCUCACUGGCCAGGAGAUGGUCUCCUGGGGUAAUGCCUACGUCAAGACUCACGACAUCAAGGACAACAUCAAGAAGGUCCAGUCCAACAUGGGCUACUGCCCUCAGUUUGACGCCUUGACCGAUCAGCUGACCGGAAAGGAGACCUUGACCUUGUACUGCCGCAUCAAGGGCAUUCCGGAAGAAGAAAUUACACGUGUUUGUAACUCGCUCAUUGACUCUCUCAUGCUGACACCCCACGCUGACAAACUGGUGGGGAAGUACAGGUAUUUGAGCCGUGUUCCUCGGUUUCGCCCGGUUCCAGAAACUCACACCCGAGCCGCAGAAGAAAUGUUGCUUCUGCUGCUGAGCGACUACGCUGUAGAGACGCAGUUGGAGAAAUAG